AUGUCUUCAGCUUUAAAAGGUGCAUUUAUGAGAAAUUGGUAUCGUACCGAAGCAGUUCCACUCUAUGCCGUCACUGGAUUAGCUCUUGUAGGCGCUGGAUGGUAUUUAACUCGUUUAGCAAGAGGGCCCGAAGUUGUAUGGGAUAAGAAAAAUAAUCCAACACCAUGGAAUAACAUUGAAGAAGGAACACAAGUUAAACUUCUUGCAGUUAGUCAAAGUUUUGAUAAAAAAUAUGUUCGUGAUAAAUUUUAA